AUCGUAGGCUAAAAUAUCACACGGGGGUCCAUUUAGCCGAAGCCUGGACUCUUGUUCCAGGCUAUAAUAAUAUUCUUGCCUCCUACCUGAUUCUUGAACCCUAGACGGAGUCGAGCGUUCCCUGUGAAUUCAUCAUCUAGCAAAUUAGAAAUCCAUUCGAUUGCUCUCUGCUUCAAACUUCAGAGGGACACACGAGUCCUAUUGUUGUAGGUUUCACAAUUUUCUGCAAAUCGUGUCCCCAAAUUUGGAAGCUCGAUUUCUUCAACCAAGAAACAAUAAGCAUGGCAACUGCAGAGCCAGCACCUGCAUCCCUUGGUCCUCGUUAUGCGCCUGAGGAUCCUACUCUGCCAAAACCCUGGCAGGGAUUAAUUGAUGGAAGCACUGGGCUUUUGUACUACUGGAAUCCUGAAACAAACAUCACUCAGUAUGAAAAGCCAUCCUCUUUGCCUCCUCCAUUGCCGCCAGGGUUGCCUAGCUCGGUAUCUACACCCAAGCUGGCUCCCAUACCAAGUGCUCGAAUGAUGCAAUCGAAUGGUGUGGGCCAGCCGGGGCAACAAAUGACACAGACGCCACAACAGCAAGGGCAACAAACAGACUCGUCACAACAUCCCCAUCUAAUGCCACAAAUUGCUCAACAACAUAGUUCACACUUAGCACAAGCCGGACAACAACAGGGAUCACAAUUGGCUCAGGCCAUGCAACAGCAGGGACAUUUAACACCACAACAACUUGGGCAACAAACAAUACAGCAACCAAAUCAGCAAGUUUUAUUGCAGUCAGGACAGCAAAUGCCUCAGCAGUCAGCACAGCAAAUGCCACAACAGUCAAUGCUGCAAAUGCAACAGCAGUCAAUGCAGCAAAUACAAAUGCCAAUGUAUCAAGGCUCACAAACGGGGCAAUCACAGGGGCAUCAAUUUACACAUCAACAGAUGCAGUACAUGGCAUAUCAGCAGAGCAACCUUCCGCAGGGCCAACAAAAUUCGCUGCAACAGAUGCAGCGUACUGUGCAGGGGCAUCUAUUACCCCGUCAACAGGAGCAGAAAGCAGGAUUCCAGCACAGAGAAGAUGUUGAUUCUCAACAAGGAAAGCAAAUUGGGUUCUCCCCUCCACAGAUUCAACAAUCUGGUGGGCCAUCUGUUCAAAAUGUUCCAGUGGGAACUAAUUCCAUUCAGAUGCAACAAAUGGGUGUGCAAACUGGUCAAGCACAACCAUUUGGUAGCUCCUCUCUCAAUAUGCAACAACAUGGCUCUCUGGUUCCAUUGCUGCAACAUGGUCCCAGGUUUCAAAGUCAGUUGGACUCAACAAUAAUGCAUAGCCAACAACCCAGUGCAGUCCCUGUCAAUUUAAAGAUGGGUUUUGAAGAAAAUGCAUCUAGAAGAGCUGGGAUUGAGUAUUACCUCAAUGCUAGCAAUGAUGGGACUGCUAUGGUUCCCCAGCAGCCAAAGCUUGUUGUAUUACCCAUGGCGAGAAAUCAACAGGAGAUGAGGGUGGGUGGUGCUACACUUCCUAAUGUCCCACCUGGUAUUGCUGGUGGACUAAACUCUGUAGCAGGGCCUGCCUUGCAUAACAUUUAUGGUCAUGCAGCCAGUGGGCCAGGCUUUCCAAACAAUGCUAUGAUGAGGCAGCCUCCAAUGAUUAUGGAAUCUGCAGACGCUAUUGAUCUCUCGCCAGUUGAUGUAUAUUGUCAGAAGCAUGAAGUCACAGCAACGGGUGGUGAUGUUCCAGCUCCUCUCAUGACGUUUGAAGCCACUGGCUUUCCUCCAGAGAUACUUAAAGAGUUGCAUUUUGCAGGUUUCUCGUCUCCCACACCCAUUCAGGCGCAAACAUGGCCAAUUGCACUACAAAAUAGGGACAUAGUGGCUAUUGCCAAAACCGGAUCUGGAAAAACAUUGGGCUAUCUGAUCCCGGCAUUCAUUCUUCUUAGGCGACGCCGUAAUAAUCCUCAGAAUGGCCCAACGGUUUUGGUCUUAGCUCCAACCCGAGAGCUUGCCACACAAAUACAAGAUGAGGUCCUCAAGUUCGGUCGAUCUUCAAGGGUCUCUUGCACAUGCUUGUAUGGUGGAGCUCCUAAGGGUCUACAAUUAAAAGAAUUGGAUCGAGGGGCGGAUAUUGUCGUGGCAACUCCUGGUCGGCUCAAUGACAUCCUUGAAAUGAAGAAAAUUGAUUUUGGGCAAGUUUCCCUUCUUGUGCUUGACGAAGCUGAUCGGAUGCUUGACAUGGGUUUUGAACCCCAAAUACGUAAGAUUGUGAAUGAGAUUCCUCCCCGACGGCAAACUCUUAUGUAUACAGCGACCUGGCCCAAGGAAGUGAGAAAAAUAGCAAGUGAUCUUCUUGUUAAUCCUGUUCAGGUGAACAUAGGCAGUGUCGAUGAGCUUGCUGCAAAUAAAUCUAUUACUCAGUAUGUUGAAGUAGUCCCUCAAAUGGAGAAGCAGAGGCGCCUGGAGCAGAUUCUUAGGGCCCAAGAACAGGGUUCUAAGGUCAUUAUAUUCUGUUCAACGAAAAAGUUGUGUGACCAGCUUGCACGUAGUAUUGGACGUAAUUUUGGGGCCGCUGUAAUUCAUGGAGACAAGUCUCAAGGCGAGAGAGAUUGGGUGCUGAAUCAAUUCCGGUCUGGAAAGUCCCCGAUUUUAGUUGCCACUGAUGUUGCUGCAAGGGGCCUUGACAUAAAAGAUAUAAGGGUUGUGAUCAAUUAUGAUUUUCCAAAUGGGGUUGAGGAUUAUGUCCACCGAAUUGGAAGAACUGGGAGAGCUGGGGCCACUGGAGUGGCGUACACCUUUUUCUCUGACCAGGACUGGAAGUAUGCAGGUGAUCUGGUAAAAGUUCUGGAGGGGGCUGACCAGCUGGUGCCUCCAGAAGUACGAGAGAUGGCUUUGCGUGGUGGGCCCAAUUUUGGCAGGGAUCGGGGUGGGCCGAACCGUUUUGAAACUGCUGGUGUUCGUUGGGAUUCUGGCGGCCAUGGUGGCAUGAGGGAUGGUGGUUUUGGAGGCCGUAGUGGAAUGAGGGAUGGCAAGUUUGGUGGCCAUGGUGGAAUGAGAGACGGCAACUUUGGUGUCCGUGGUGGAAUGAGAGAUGGCAACUUUGGUGGAAUGAGAGAGAAUAGUUUUGGUGGCCGUGGUGGAAUGAGGGAUGGUAUUUUUGGCGGCCGCGGUGGAAUGAGGGAUGGUGGCUUUGGCGGGCGCAUUGGAAUGAGGGAAGGCAGCUUUGGUGGCCGUGGAGGCAUGAGGGAUGGCAACUUUGGUGGCCGUGGUGGUGGUCAUGUUGGCUGGGAUAGGAAUGAACGGGCCCCACAUGAUAGAUACAAUGUGGAUGGGCGUGGACGGGGCUAUGGCAGGGGGUCAGGACGGUUUGAUAACAGAAGAGAUGUUGCACACCGGAGUAGAGGUAGAAGUUAUAGCUCAAGUCCUGAAAGGGUUCGAACAUGGGGCUAUAGUAGAAGCCGUAGCCGUAGCCGAAGUUGGAGUCGAAGCCGAAGCCAAAGCCGGAGUCGGAGCUGGUCUCGCAGCCGUAGCCCCAGCUGUAGUCGUAGUCGUAGUCGCAGUCGCAGUCGUGACAGACGUGAAAGACCUCGUAAGACAAAAUUUGAUCAGAUGGAACCCUCAAUGCCGGUAUUUGGGCCUCCUGAGGCAAGGAUGUCUCCUAUGUCUCCGGGCACACAAGCCAAUGCAAUUUCUGGAGUUGAGCUUCCUGGCCAGUUACCACCGGUUGAGAAUGUUGAGCCAGAACAUCUAGAGGCUGCGGCUGACACACACACAAUUUAGUUGGUGAAUUGUAAGGUGUGAGACACAGUUCACAUGUAUUUUUAAGAGUUUUGGGGUAGAGGUGGUGUCAAUUUUUGUGUGUAAUCGUUUGCUUAACUCCUUACUUUUCUAAAGACGGGGUUGGGUCGAUAUAAUCCCAGUUUUUGCUGCAAAGUUGAGGUUGGGGCUGUAUUGGUGAAUUGAUUGAUUAUGUGGAAAAGAUGAAAACUGGCUUGCUGCACUCGUUGGGGUGAUUGUUAUUUUAGGAUAAUUGAGGUUAGCUUUGGAGGUUGAACUUAUCUGUGAAACUUCCAUGCAUUUUAUCACUUUUUUUUCCCUUCUUUUUUCCGUUUCUAUAUCUUCUCUGUAUUGUCUUGGCUCUUGGAAUUUAUUAGUAAUGGGAGGAUGUUCAAUUGUCUAUUGAUUUGCAUUGUUGUUAAGCCAAUGUUCUGCCCGCCC